UAAUACCUCUCGCUGCUCUCACUGUCCUCCUCCUGUCGCGUAUUGAUCCUGCUGGCUGAUCGCUUAGCUUUUGUGUGUCAGGAUGGUGUAUGUGGUGUGCACACGUUUGUCCGUAGUUUCUGGUUAAAGGUAUCUGGCAAUUUGGGGGCUUUAAUGUUCCGUGCAGCUAAUCUAAAAACCAUCGGCAAAGCGGGAACCGGCUGGCACUUUUUCCGGACGAUGGACGAGCUGGUCCACGACCUGGUGUCAGCGCUGGAGGAGAGCUCCGAGCAGGCUGCUCGUGGUGGUUUUGGUGAUGGAGGAGACCACGCGCUGGCCGUGGGCUGUCUGCUGAAGAGGCAAUCUCGAAAGCGCAGGGGCAGAAAACGACGCUCGGACAACCCGCACCCGCCCUGGGAGACGGGCCACCUCAGUGAGGGCUCGGAGUCCAGUCUGGAAGAACACAACAAGGACUACCGUGCCAGUACAGGGGGCGUCUCUGCUGCCAACAGCCAUGCCCGGGACAACAGCGACUCGGAUGAACAACUUGGCCCCAAACGGCGCACCCUUCUAACAGCUGACACCGGACGAGGCAAGCGACCGGUUUGGCCCGACGACUUGGGUGUCCUGGGGUCCGCAGAGGGAACGCGCAGCCUCAGGCGGAGACGUAAGGUCAAACGCAUGGUGGUGGACCCACCUGUCGAACCAGAACCCCCCUCCUGCACCAUGCUGGGGCCGCCGCCUGUUCCCAAAGCCCGCGCGGGUGCCAGGCCGCAUAGACUGGGUCCGAGCAACGUCAGGUGUGCCAUGGAGCUCUCUGGAGGUGGAAUGGUGGGGCCGGGGGGAGGGAAGAACCGGGUGAAGAAGAGGAAGCUGGCUCCCUACAGGCUGGGGAUGGAGGCUGCAGAUGAAGGGGUGGUGGUGGAGAGCGAGGACCCCAUUUCUUCUCCAACGGAAGGGUCCAAGGACAAGAUGGAGUUGGAGGAGCAGAAGGGUUCGGACGAGGAAAUGAGUGACAGGUGCGAGACCAGCAGCGUGAGUAACAGCAGUGACGGAGGCCUCUACACCAAUGAUGAGGGAAGGCAAGCUGAUGAUGAGCAGAGCGACUGGUUCUACGAGGGUGAGCCGGGCUCCGGUUCAGGACCCGGAGGUGCGUGUGGGAUAGCGGGGGUGGUUCCCUGGUGGGAGAGGGAGACAGGCUCGGAGGAGCUGGACCUGGCGGACCCGGUCUUCAACAGCAUCCUCACCGGAUCCUUCCCUCUCAUGAGCCACGGAGCACAGAGAGGGUUCCAGGCCAGGCUGAGUCGUCUUCAUGUAAACCAGCCGGCAUCUCAGGCAGGCGGCUCCAGCCAAAUCUUCAAUGACAGACUGGGCCGACAAAGCCAGGACUCCCACGAGCCCUGGUUUAGCUCGGGCUCGAGGAGAGAGCACGGACAGUUGCAUUGGGACCCGCGGUCAGACAAAGGGCAUCGGAGAAGCUGCUCGGUAAAAACCGCCAGCAGACAGACCAGCGGGCACCUGGGCUCUCUGUGUACGGGGGAUGUCAAGCGGAGGCGAAAAGCAGCCCCCCUCGGCUCCACCGCCCCCUCAGGAGUGGUCGGGGAGAACGCGGCUCCGAUCCCUGACUCGAACAUGGGGAGUCGGAUGUUACAGAGCAUGGGCUGGAGCCCGGGGAUGGGCCUGGGUCCAGAGGGCCGGGGCAUCACCGAGCCCGUCCGGGCCACACAGAGACCCAAAGGCACCGGUCUAGGUUUCAACUGAACACCUGGUGUCUGCAUCCUAAACCUGAAGCGGGCCCAAAGACCUACAAGGAGCGAGGCAGACGGAACAGCUGCUCAGGGCGAUGAACGAUUAAAAAAAAAAAAAAAAAAAAAACGGUCCAGAAUAAUCCAGGCAUGCGAGUCAUAAGAAGGGAAGGAAUGAGGUUUUACCUAGCAACAGUCUGUGAUGAAAGAGAAACUUUCCCAUAUUGGGGAAACUGCAAGAAGCUGGGGAUUUCCAGAGAGAGAGAGAGAGAGAGAGAGAGAGAGACGUGAACGAAACUGAGCUGGAGAAAAUACUUUUUUGCAAACUUCUCAAGAAACUCCAUGUUGGAGAAAAUAAAUGACGUUGACGCCUCCAUAGUUAAUGUUAUCCUGAGCCGAUGAUGAGUGUGGUUUGUUUUCAGUCAACGGUAUUGGUUAGUGAAUUAACCAUCAAUGGUUUUGUCCAAUAUUGCACAGUAUAUUUGGAAUCAAAGGCUGUUUGAGCAGGUCGUACCUCGAGAUUUAUUUCAGCUUUCUUUUUAAGGUAAUGAAGUAAAAGUACACUGUAUGGAUGUGUGUUCUCUGGAUCUUCCCCCCCCUCUAUUACGUUGUUCAUUUAAUGGAAAAAGUCAUAUCAUCAGAAUGUUUUUAUCUACCCAAGAACAAGAAAAAGAUUAAAUCAAACCCACGUUUUCCCCUUGAUUGUAGCACCACUGCGUAUGCAUGUACAGCUGUGGCUGCUGCAGGUUCUGCUGACAUUUACUAAGAAAACACAGGAGUCAAAGUCUUGCUGACUUUUGACUAUUUUAUGCAGUUUGUUUCGGUAUUUUAUCCUGACACAUGUUUAUACUGCAGUAUUUAGCCUGCCAUAGCCGUGCUCAAUGACUUCACCUACAUUACAUGAAGAAAUGGCUGUUUUAUUGUCUGGUUACAAGCCCUCAGCGUCUCCUUACAGUUAUGGAAAUCCCAGUGAAAGAGAGAAUUAAUAAAUUUAGCUCUUUU